AUGCAGCUCUUUGUCCGCGCCCAGGAGCUACACUCCCUUGAGAUGACUGGCCAGGAGGCAGCUGCCCAAAUCAAGGCACAUGUAGCCUCACUGAAGGGCACUGCCUGGGAAGAUCAACCUGUGCUCCUGGCAAGCACACCCCUAAAGGAUGAGACUACCCUGGGCGAGUACAGUGUGGAGGCCCUGAUUACCCUGGAAGUAGCCAUCCACAUGCUUAGAGGGAAAGUCCAUGUUUCUCUGGCCCAUUCUGGGAAAGUGAGAGGUCAGACUCUCACGGUGAAGGAGGAGGAAAAGAAAAAGAAGAAGAUGAUGACAGGCAGGGUUAAGUGGUGGAUUCAGUACAACCAGCGCAUUGUCAAUGUUGUGCCCACCUUCGGCAAGAAGAAGGUCCCCAAUCCAACUCUUAAGUCCUUUGUAAUUCUGGAUUUCUCUAAUAAAAAAGCCACUUAG